AUGGCGAGCACCAAGGAAUCUGUCACCCUGAACGAGGCCCAGACCAACUUCCUGGCCCUCUUGAUGAGAAACAUCAAGAGUAAGCCUGACAUCGACUUCGACGCCGUUGCCGCGGAGCUUGGAAUCACCCCCAAGUCCACCAGAGAGCGUUUCCGUCUGCUUUCCAUCAAGAUGGGCUGGAAGGACGGCCCCGCCACCCCGAAGAAGCCCACGGGUGUCACCAAGCGGACUUCUGCCAAGCUUGGCAGCGCAAAGAAGGGUGGAAAAGGCAAGGUGGAGCCCGCGACUCCUGUUGGCGGCGACGACUCCGAUGCGGAGCUCAAGAAGGAUUGGGACUCUGAUGGGAUCAAGGACGAGGCAGAGAUUUGA